GGGAAGCUACGGGCUGGCCGACGCACACUCGUCCUCACACGCGAGAGACCGUGCGUGCCCUCCUCGGCCAUACCGCGGGGUCAGUCGGGGUCCUGCUCUUAGUCAGGACACUCCGAGACGGAAGAGUGAGAAUUUCCUUCUUCAUCGCCACUGGUUGACAUCCAGACAGCUAUCUGUGGUCAAGCUGCCGCCUAGUAAUCUAUUAUCAUCGGCUACUCUCGGCGAUAUACAUCGUAGCAGUAUUACCACGAAAAAAAAAGGAUAAGUCAACGUGCGGCUGACACACAAGAAAAUUCUGCCAGGGGAUUUAAAUCUCCCAGUUCAUGAUUCUUCGAAAUCCAAAAUUGGUGCAACUUUAAAUAUCGAAGAGGAGGCUUGUUUCAAACGGUGACUCACGUCUUCACGAUCGACCUUGAUGAAUCACGUGACUUCCGGAAAGAGACUUCGAUCGGUGGUGAACGGAACCAGUUCCAAGGCCGUCCAAGAGAACUUUUGAUCUCGCGUUUAACGAGCGCCUGAGACCGCGUGCUUCCGCGAAAGUAUACCUGUGCGUAGAAGGAGGCGACGUGUGCCGAAAGUUUGACGUUUGCCAAAGAAAUCUGUGUGAUUCACGCCAAACUGAUCUGAUAGGCACAGUGCGCGGGGAUAGUGCGCGGCUCCAUGAGCGGCAAUUUUAGCGCAUCGUUCUCGCAUCGCUGCAACACCUGAACGUGAUGUGUGAAGCGGUACCUCGAACUUGGCACAUGAAACCGGAACUUCAUUGCAAUCCCGUGGGAGUUCCGGCGGGCGCCUUGUCACCCCCGGCUACCCUCUCGCCACCCGGCAGCCCCAGCAUAAUCACGCUGCCAUCCUCACCUUGGAGUCCAGGUGUAUCGGGAAGCAGUUCGAGCACCAUUUCAUCCACCAAUGCACCUUCGGGCCUUUGUCAACCCGUCCCCGAUCGUUUCAGCGCCUUCACCCUCGUUUCGAAUUAUACUCCCGAUCUGAGACUGCAAAGUCUACCACUCAGCGCUAGCGUUGCCGCGCGAGACAUGCGUUGCGGUCUUAUGUACGGUGGCUAUGGGACAUCUGGGGGUGCCUGGUGGGCUCGUCAUAUUGGCAGCCUGCUGCUGCCACAUACUUUGCUCCCGCCUACGAGAAUCCCAUCCCAACAGACGACGCCGGUCACGAAUUGCUCACCCAUUCAUUCGGAACCUCUCAGUCCGGCGCGUCCCGGAUCACCCCGAAGAUGUACGCCGGAGAAGGCCAAAUUCGAGGAAGAGGUGCCGUUGAACCUCAGCACGAAGCCGAGCGACGUCUCGUCGAGUAUCGGCAGCAGAAAAAGUGAAAUCUGGUCGCCGGGUUCGGUGUGCGAGAGGGAGGCCAGGGAAACGAGAGCACCGUCCUCCAGGAGUCCGUCCUCGACCCCUAUAAUUACGCGGCAAAUUCAUCAUUCACCGCUUACACCGCCCUCCUCGACGGAAAGGACUUUUCAAUGCAAGCAGUGCGGGAAGGCCUUCAAACGGUCAAGCACGCUCAGCACUCACCUGCUGAUCCACUCGGACACGAGACCUUAUCCCUGUCAAUAUUGUGGCAAGAGGUUUCACCAGAAGUCGGAUAUGAAGAAGCACACCUACAUCCACACCGGUGAGAAACCGCACAAGUGCGUCGUGUGUGGCAAGGCGUUCUCCCAGAGUAGCAACCUGAUCACGCACAUGCGUAAGCACACCGGCUACAAGCCGUUUCAAUGCGGUCUCUGCGACAAGGCAUUCCAGAGGAAGGUCGAUCUACGCAGGCACCGGGAAGGUCAACAUCCGGCGGCGCCGGCGCUCGAUUAUCGUUCUCUGCAGAUACCGCCACAGCAACAGCAGCCAAACGGCAACCGGCACUCGCCGAUACCGCCGCACUCGGCAUCCUCCGCGGGUUACCACGUGAUAUCCGUGCCCGGCAGUAGCUGAGACUCGUUCAUCUGACAGACGCUUCGUCCGUGAACGCGCACCAGGCACCCUCGAACCGGAAUACGGAGCGGUACGUAUCGUUGAAUCGCGAUACUGUGUGACCGGUUGGGGGAGGGCAAUACUGCGAGUACUGCGAGAUCGGCUGCUGGAAGCGAGAUUUCGCAGAUACUUUAACUCCAACGGAGUUGGUUGGACGGAGUAACGCGUCACGCGCGCGUAGAAAUAGAUAGACAUAUAUGCGUGUGUAACUGCAUCAGCGUGGAUACAUUCUUGAGAUAGCGACGCCCGCAGGAAUUCGGUAUCUUUUACAUGAGCUAGUUUAGGUACUGUGCGAGGUUGAAUACAAUAAGAUAAGAAAUCGAUUUCGAAUCGCGAAAAAAUAACUUCUUGAAUCAGAGUAGAAAAAAGAUCUCAGUGUUAUACGUUCUAUAUGUAAACGAAGAUAAUUUUCAUCAAAAUUAUACAUAAGAUCUGGGAUAAAAUCUAGGAUAUAUGUCCACAGAUUAUAUAACGUUUUUAUCUUCAACUUUUGUGACUAGCUAGUUGUGCCUGUUUAGGUAUAUUGGUAUCACAAUACGUCAACGCAGAUUAUCGAAAACGGCUUUUAUAUCUCCAUCACCAUACUUCAACGUUGCAUUCUUAAUUAAUUUUACAGAUAAAUGAUUGACGUGUAGCGUUGCACACGGCAGUUUGUGGUCUAUCAAAUAGAAUCGCGAGAUGUAGCGCUACGCGUCAUAUCGGUGAUUAUGCCUACUCUCUCUUCUAUGGCGUGAUAUACAUGUAUACAUGUUAAUAUACUGACUUCUUGGAGUAACACGUGAUACAUCUCGAUGUCAAAACAACAUCUAUGUAUACCGUAUAUCCGUGUCAGUUGAAACGCGAAUAUAAAUUACAUUAGACGCGAUGUUACUUUUGCAUCGAGUCACUCCUUUCGUUUUGUCGGCCUGAUUUAACUGCAAGUUACACUCCAAUGGCCGUAGCUCUAGUGAUGUAUUGAUGGUGUCGACAUUUUGGAAUGUUUCGGAAUAUCCGGGAUAUCCGCGAAAGUGUAACGCGAGUCAUCGAAGUAGGAUACGUAUAUACAUCUUGAACGGAACGAAAGAAACAGGCGUGUCACGAAAGUGACAUAGGUCCGGCCUUAUCUCAAAUAAUGAUAAAUACACACAGCCGCGAUUGCACGCGUGAUUGCACGAUACAGAUUCGAGGCGCUGUAAUUCAAGGAUCGUCUGCUGGCGCCGAAGCUCGCUGUCUCCUCGCGAGUCGAUCUCGCUUACGCUCAAGUGAGAAACGGAAUUGUAAAUAUUUUCCGUUGAAAUCACCACACCGCGAUAUCUCUUCUUCGGAGCUGUAAUUAUGGAGCGUGAAGCACGUAAUCGAACACGAAGUAUUUACAUAAAUCAGUCGGACGACCGUGUGUUUAAUUAAAAUCUAUCCAAGUGCCUUGGUAUUUCUGUACCACCCAAUUCUGACGUGGUUAGAAUUAUUAUUAUAUAAGCUUCGAUGCGUAUUAUUUCUCUCGACGUCUUCUUCAGUUUAUUUCUUUCUCUUUUUUUUGUUUUGAUAGAUCGCGUUGUCCGAUCGAAAAUAAUUAUAAGCAUAGCAGAUGAAUGAAUCUAAAAAGGAUUCAAAGAAUUCACGUAAAUAAUUUUUUCUACGACGUUUAAUUUAAUUAUCUUAAUUGUAAGAUGCUGCACUGAUAAUCAAGAAAAUUCAAGUUUUCAACUUUUAAUUUUCCAAAUGUUUCCCAAAAGGUUCGCUUUCAUUAAUAUUACUCAAGUUGGAGUAUAUUGUAAUGUCGCAAUAUAAUCAUUAAAUCUUGAAUAUCUGUCGUUAGAAAUGAUUAUUAUAUUGACAUCUGCAAAAUUUAACGACCAAUAAGAAUAUUGUACAUAUAUACAUGUACAUAUGUAUCAUAUUUCUUGACGCACGUAUGCAGACUAUCGCAUGUAUUCGUAAAUUUUUGCUAUUACAAUUAUCAUUUUCGAUAUUUUGAUGCUUACGAUAAGCGAGUGAAAACUUCGAAAUCGGAAUAAAAAAAGUAUUUUUAUUUUAAUUGAGCUACUAAUUACCCUCGCAAUAAAUGUACGUAUAAUUCGAUUUGAUCGAACUGAGGUUGCUAGUAAAACAAAGUGCCUGAACGUGCCUUUCUUCGGUGUCGUCGUAUAUCCGAUUUAUAUUUAUGGAAUAUCAUUGCACUCCUAUUAUUAAAAUACGUCUCCACCUUUAAAUACAUGAAUAUAAUAUAUGUGUGUUUAGUGUACACUUAAGCUUCAUAAUGCCUCGAUGCAGAUAUCAAAAUUAUUUUUAACACAUUCCUUUAAUUAUAUAUUAUUAAUUUUAAUAUAACCAUUUAAUGUAAUUUUAUUUCCUGUGAAUUUCUCAAGAGCAUCAAUUGAUUAUUAAAUUACAGACUGCGCAUAAUCGAUAAAGUCUAAUCUAAUUGAUAAAAAAUUGUCUAUUGAUUGGAAAGAUUGAGAAACUAUUUUCUUGUCAAUUGUAUUUCAAUUUUACAAUUUGACAUAUCUAAUAAGUCUAAAUGUGACAAGAAAAAUAAAAAUAUACACCAAAAUAUCGAGAACUCCGAGCUGAAUGCGAAUACUAUUUUUUACCAUGUAUCAUAAGCUGCGUUCACUUUGGGCGCUCACGCGCUGUAAGCUUCAUUCUAUCUUCCGCAUGUAAUGAUAAAAGAUAAAAUGAGCGCUUACAGCGCGUGAGUGUCCAAAGCAAACGCGGUUAUAGUCUAUCGAAGCCAAAGUCAUUUGUUUUUAAAAAUGAUACUGUAUCGAAACAUCAUCGACAGAUUAAUUUUGAUCAUUUCAUGAUCAAUAUUUUUAAAUUCUUCUUUGUUAUUUGCGAUUUUUUUUAUUUUUAUGUUUUAUCCUCGCGCUCUUUAGUAUAUCUUUGUAAUUAUCGGUACAAUGUUAUCAACGAACGUAUUUCAUACGUCAUUAAUUAAGAUACACUUCCCGCGGGAAGUCAUUGCUGUGAAAGAAAGGCGUGAAUGAAAGUGAUUAUUUUUGUAUACGCAAAGGAAAGCGAAAUGUGUAGCUUAAGUGAUAAGCACGCUGUACUUUACCCUGCACAGAAAAAAAAAGAAAAAAAAAUCAGUGUUACAAUAUACACGAUCGCAGGCUCGCGAAUGAACCUUUUGAAAUAUAUGGCUUUUAAGCACGCGCGAAAGCUCUAUAUGAAUAUAUUAUAGGAUUUCUCCUAUCGUAGAGAAUUUCCGAUUCUUCAAGAUCUCCAAAAGAUCAUCCGUCCCCGCGUGAAUGUGAGCGAAAGAGAUCGCGAGAAGCGACGACGCAAACGAAAUUCGCAUAUCCGGCAACGAAUCAUAGCGGCUAGAGGACCAAAGAUAGCAUAAGUCGGACCUGAUCGAUUGGUAGCGCAAUCGGGUUUUUUUCUCUCUUUUCUCCAGAAUUCAAACGACACACAACACAAACGAAACGAGUUAUCGCACGAGGACGACGAGAUAACUCGCGAAAACUCGAGGCUUACCAGAGAUCCCGGUCCUUCGUACGUACGUACAGAUUGUAACAUACCAUUAGGUUUAGCUAAUUGAUUAAUUAUGUGCGACGGUUAAGACACUAGCUUAGACUAAUUGUUCGACAAACGACGUUUCGUUAAUUCGCUAGCGACGAAAGUCCCGCGACGAAGAUUACGACGAAUCAGUUCGCGCAGAGGCACACGUCCUUCCGGUUUAAUUGAUUAAUUAAAACGGAUAAAUUAAUUAGCGAAUACCAUAGCGCCACACGUCUGACACGAGGCUCGUGCGUUAAGCAAUUUUGUGCUAUAUAUAUUAUGAUUAUAUAAACUUAUGCGUAGAAAAAGAUUGCGAUCGAUAAAUCAGUAAGUAGGUACCUUUCAAGAUAUUUGUGUAUGUGUCUAUCGAAUGUGAAAAAAAACGCGUAUGAGAGAGAGAGAGAGAGAGAGAGAGAGAGAGAGAGAGAAGUAGUGAUAAGAGAGAUUUUGCGAGCAUGAGCGAGCGAUUCAUGUUAAUCGGUAAAACCAAAAAUAUGUUUAUUAUUACUAAAGAAGAUAUUGAUCGAAUAAAUUGUUUUUCUUAUAAA